AUGAGGUCGUCCCUCAACCCACAUACAUCAGUAUCAAGGAAGUGGAGUCUGGCUCCACAGCAGCCCAAGACGGACCACCCCACAGCCUCCACCCAGACCAUACCACCACCACCACCCCAAGAGGACGGACCACCCCACAGCCUCCACCCCAGACCAUACCACCACCACCACCCAGAGACGGACCACCCCACAGCCUCCACCCCAGACCAUAACCACCACCACCCCAGAAACGGACCACCCCACAGCCUCCACCCAGACCAUACCACCACCACCACCCCAGAGACGGACCACCCCACAGCCCCCAGCCCCCCAGCCCAGCCAGGUCCCUCCGUCACAGGAACAGCAUCAGGAGAGGUGGCGGCUGAGGAGCCACAGCAGGAGAUUGUGGGCCGUUUAGACCUCACAGAGACAGAGGAGGACACGCCCACUGGAGGGGACGAGAUGGAGGACAGUAGGUCAGUGGCGGAGUCUCAGGCUGCCCAUCAAAUGACACCGCUGGCUCCGAGUGGCCCCUUGAGCAGGCCUAGUAGGAGACCCAGAGGAUUUCUUUCUUUCAUGUCCAAUAAGACCAGCACCACUGCAGCUGCCCCCURUGCCCCUCCUCGAGGGCCCAGAGCAGCCCCUCAGAGGCCCCAGGUCAACACCACCCGGCCAGGGGGGAAACGGGCGGCGCCAGCCCCCUCCACCACCAGAACCAUGCCUGCCCCCUCCACCAGAAACACCACCAUUAGUUCCACCAGAACGGUCACUAAGCCAGACAGUUCCCCCAGGGUGACCUGGGAACAGCCCUCUGAUGUCCAGGCCUUCCACUCAGACCCAGAUCCCAGUACUUCCCAAUGUACUACAAGCUACCAAGCCUUCUCAGGUGCCAGCCACCCAGCCCAGUACGUCUCCCUGUGUAGACAGCUGUUCAGCAGGCGAGGAACCCCUCAACGUGUCCCAGUACUUCUUCACUGAGGUUGAGGAAAGUGAGGGAUGAAAGGAGGAGUAAGUGAAAGGAGAACAGGAAGGCACUCUCGGUUUGAAUCAAACUGGAAAACAAAAUGUUAAGAAAUCCUUGAAAGAUUGUGCUUGAGAAAAAUCAGGGUUCUUUGCAUGUAUGUUUGUGUAGGUAGCAGUAAAAUGACGUCUCUGCUUGUGGUUAUGCUGUUUCAUGCUUGCAGUGAAUAGAUUUGGCCACAAGAUGGCAACAGAGAAAACAAACAAGUGAAAAUGUAUCUUCAAAUCAUAAAUGUUUUGUCCAAACUGGCACCUAGAAGCUUUGCCAAUGUCCCAUAUUGGAUGAUUACAUUUUGGGCUCUUUCACCCCAAUCAUAUCUUCUAGCCUUUUGGGUAAUCUAUAUAUUCUAAAAUAUAUUUAUUUGGUUAUAUUUUUUCAAACUAAGCUAGACAUUCAUGGUCAUUUUUCUCCAUCUGCAUACAAGCAGAAUAGUUGAAAUCAGUGUUAACUCACUCUUCUACAUCGGAGAGUUUGGCAGUUUACUCAGGGACUUUCACAUUCAGAUUUGUGUUUUUAUUUGAAGCAUUGUUUACGUUUAAAUCGGAAACCAUUGUCUUAAAAUGAGCAUUGUAUAUAUGUUUAUUUUAAUGUUGAUCAGAUAUACUGGAAGGGGUGUAUUCCCUGAACAUUUAUAGUUUUUCUUUCUUGGUGUAUGAACKAGACCCAGCUUGAGGGACACCACAGCGAUGUCAACACUUGUUUCUUUAUUUCAUGCUACCUGAAGAUACAGGAAAUAUAUUUUCAAAUGGCUCUGCACAGAAACCUCUCAUUUAAUACAUGUACAAGUGACAAACUCACAGAAACCGUACACAGAUCAUGAGUCCAAUUUCAAGGAUUUAUUAUGUUCUGCAGCCACUGUUCAAACUAACGUAGCUGUUAUGUAGCUCAUGUGAAUACAAUUUUAUACGUUAAUGUCUCCUUUAGUGUUAUGUCUUGCUACAUUAUAGAAAACUGAGUAUAGAAAAGUAAAAGAAAUGUAUAAGAAUGGUCAGAGGGUACUUGAAACUGGACUAGUGUAGAACAGUCCUGCUGCACACUAAACACUGCUUCUUGCAGACCACCUAUGCAGAACCUUACUUCACUAAGAAAUAUGUUAUGAAGUUUUUCCCAAAAUAUUGUGCUGUUAUUUUGGAGAAGAUAGCAUGGAUAUCAUCUUAGUUAGUCUCAACCGAAAUUAAAAGGACAGAUGAUCUCAAAAGCCUUAAAAGUGCAAUGAAAACUUCAGCAUUUGAGUGUAGUCUUUUUUUGUUGUUGCUGUGUGUCGGGGGGAUGGGGGAGGAAUGUGCAGAUGUUUAAUUUCCAAGCAGCAUAGAGAGGCAGUGAGAUCGAAGAGACGAGGCUGCAUGUUACUAGGUGACCUCACUACAUAAAUAUUCUACCCUCUCACAGUCAGCCCUUGUGCAGUGCCACUCUUCUUUUGGUCCAUGUUGAAUAGAUGUAAAGGAAUUCAGAUUUAUAGAACCUAUGCUUUUAAAUUAAUCAGGGGUUUUCCAACAGUUUCUGUUCUGCCUUAAAGAUGUGAAAUAAUCACUACAUGGGAGGUAUUACUUGCCAGUCAAUGUUUUAAGCCAGUAUGAACUCAUCAUUAGUAAUGUCUGUCUCUGAUUAUGAACAUGCAAUGGUAGAUUGUCAUAAACGUUUUUGAGGAUAACUCCGAACCACUAAUUGUGGCGAUAAACUGGAUACUGUAAUCUGUAAUCAGGAACCAAUUAAGUCAAAAUAUAGGGAAUAAUUGAAGUGCAUUAUCCUCCAGGGAAGAAGUGGUAGAGCUUCCGUUGGUAGUGGACGUUCAAGGGAAUCCACAUCCAGGGUCCAGUCUGGGUGAAUUACACAGGUGUAUUUGAUUUGUACUCGUGGGUCCUGCAUACCAUAGGGCGGUGC